UUCAUUUGCUUACAGAUCUAUGUCGGAUCAGGCUGAAGAACGGAGACCCAUUGAUGAAGACAUUCAACAUCCAACCCCUUCAAGGAAACAGGAAGAUGAAGAGAAAGAUGACAAAAAUGUACGAUUCGAACCACGUUUAAAAAACGUUCAACCAGUACAUAGUAAUAAGAACAAAGAUUUAAUUGCACCAAUACUAAAUACGAAGCUUUAUAAAAGGAGAUGGUGGAUUUUAUUUGUAUUCUCAGCAUUAACUCUACUUCAAAGUUUUGUAGGGAUAACCUGGAUAACAAUACAACAAUCUGCAAAAGAUGUGUUUAGUUGGAAAGAUUCGAAUUUAAUAAUAUUGACCCAUUGCAAAACCAUUGCAUUUGUCAUUUUUGGUAUUCCUGCUUGUUGUUUUCUCAAACGAAUAGGAAUUAGAAAUAAUGUAUUACUUGCUAAUACUUUUUUGUUUACUGGAAUUGGCAUUCGAUGUGCCAUGCAAAAUAUACAAAUUGCUAAACUAUUAAUUUACAUCUCUCAAAUACUCGUAGGAACAGCGGGAGUAGUGAUAACUGGUUCAUCAAGUCUUGUAUCUUCCAUAUGGUUUCCCGUUAAACAACGAACUACAAUUACAACAAUAUUCAAUUUGUGUAAUUAUGUAGGAAUUUAUUUAGGUUUCCUUAUUGGGCCAAUUGUCAUCGACCUGUCUACUUUGUCACCGUGUCGAGAUGCAAAGUAUAGUUUAAUUAUCAUCAAAUAUUUUGGAACGAGAUACAGUAGAUCCCUCCUAUAA